AACGGCGCAUGCGUCGAGCAGAUUUCCACGUCUGAACGUUUGUUGCAAGAAGUUGUUGAUUUUCAAUGAAAUCUCACAUCUAGUUGCUAUAGGUUUCGGUUGAAAACCGAAAAUGUCGUGGCUGUCAGCUGUAACUGGGAAAGCUGAGGACUUUCUGAACAAGCUUGAUCAGUCUGCUGCCACAACAUUUCAUCACCCAGAUGAGCCUCAAACCCAAAUCACCACACCAUCCACACAGCAGAUCACUGUUGGAGGGUCCAAGUCUUCCUCGCAGAUUCUGUCCCCUUCCCAGAGUGUUCCCUCGCGUCUCAAGGACUUGAAGGGAAGUGUCAACCCCUCCUCGGGUUUUGUCAGUUCUCCUGUAAAACAGACUCCAGUGAAAACAGCUGCACCACCCAAAGCAGCAGCUGCCAGUACCAGUGCCAGCGACACCAAGGUCAAAAAGAAGGAUUCCGAUGAGGCAUUGUUUGAGUUCCUCAACAGCAAGGACCCGGUGGAGAGUAAGAAGAAGGCUGCAACACCAGUGAGUAGUCAUCAUCACUCCAGACAGUCCAGCACUUCAUCGAAUGUCUCCCACAAAGACGUCCGUCCUCCUGUCGUAGAGGUCACAAGUCAAGUGGAAGUUGUUUCUACGGAACAGACACAAGAAGGAGAAUCUCAGCGUGAAAGUCCAACUGGUUCUAAUGCAUCAGCUGAUAUUGAAGCCCUGGCUGAUGCCAUGCAAGAAUCUCCAGCAAACAGUGAACACAGUAGUGCUGGGGACAUUGAGAAGGGAGAUAACUCUCAGCUAUCAUCACUUGAACUUGAGAACCGGCUCCUAAGAAAUGAGAUUGCAUCCUUGAAUCAAGAAAUGGCUUCAUUGAUUCAGAGGGCAAAGGAUUCCCAGACAGAGUUGGUGAAGACAAAGAAGAAACUGGAGGAUUAUCACAAUUCUGCGUCAAUGCAUGAUCAGUUGGUGCGGGAGCUGCAGGCUAGGGAAUCGGACCUCUCUGAAUCACUGGCAGCAAAAGACUCCCAGCUGGCUGUGUUGCGCAUAAGGCUGGAGGAGGCUGACCGCAGUGUUAAAGAGAGGGAGAAGCAAAUUGAGGAUCUGCAGUCACACAGAGAAAGGAUCCUUAGGGACCACACUGAUUCUAGUGGCAUGCACAGCCAGGCUCUGGAUUCUCUGAAGGAAAAGCUCUCUGAAGUAGAGGCCAACCUCCGACGGGAGCAGGAUGCCUUCAAGCAUGCACAACAAGAAGCGUCUGGAAGGCAGAGUCGCCUGGAACAGGAACAGCGGACGAUGGCGGAGGCUCUAACAGCUGCUGAGAGGAAACUUACAGAGGAAAGGGGAAAAGUUACUGGUAUCGCCAACCAGCUGAAGACAGCAAAGCUCAGUGUUGACUCAGCCAGGCUAGAACUCACUGACUACAAAGAGAAGGCUUCAAGAAUUUUACAGAGCAAGGAGAGGUUGAUAGCGAGCCUGCGGGAAGGUUCUGGAUUCACAGGCGACGCAGGGGGCGUGUCCAGUCUGGAGUAUGAGUCUGUGAAACAGGAGAAGGACAUGCUCAAGGAUGAACUGCAGCAGACCAAGAUGGUCUCAGAGAAUCUCCGUGCUGAGAUGUUGGAUCUGGAGGGCCAGCUACAGCAGGACAGUGACUCGGCUGGUGAGCAGAUCAAGUCUCUGGAGGAGCAGAUCCUGGAGGAGAAGACCAGGAAGGAGGACACAGAGCAGGAGCUGCUCAAGCAGAAACAGGAACUUCAAUAUGCAAUAGAUGAGAUCAACAAACAGAAGACGUCUUUCCAAAGUCGAGUCAGUGACAGAGAAAGAGAAAUUGAGAAGCUGAGAAAUCAGCUGAUGACGAAGAGUAUAAGCAGCUCAUCUGAGAGCGAGUUGGAAUCACGAGUGCGAGCCCUGACUGACAGUCUCAUACAGAAACAGACGAUGUUGGAGGCUCUCAGUACUGAGAAGAACUCCUUGGUCCUCCAGCUGGAAAGGAUGGAGCAACAAUACCGGGACAUACAGGAGUGUGUUCGGUCAACUCCAACCGUCGUCAAUGUCAAUGACGAUGAGGAAGGUAAGAUAGUUCGCCAGCGCUUGCCGGGCUUCAUGAGGGAGGGCCCAGCUGACCACGAGAUGACCAAGAGGAUGAAGAGGGCAGCUAAUGUCAUUGACAAGUUCAGUGUGCGCCUUGGCAUCUUCUUGAGGAGGUAUCCUAUUGCCAGAGUGUUUGUUAUUGUAUAUAUGGUUAUACUGCACCUGUGGGUGAUGAUUGUUCUGUUGACCUAUCAGCCUGAAAUGCAUGGAGCGGACUACCAGCCCAAACCCCCGGACGAAGUCCCCCACUGAGACACUGCUGACUUCUACCUGGCGAUUAUAGUGGUGCAGGGUAGACUGAUCGUGAUUAUUGUGAUAUCCACAGGGAAGUUCACAGGCUUCAGGGGAAUACUGUACUUAACAGAGGCAUCCACUGACACUUUCAGGGAAUAUUAGUAAGAUGAUACACUUUCUGGGAAUAUUAUUAAAAUGAUACUCUUCCGGGGAAUAUUAUUAAGAUGACACUUGCUGGGAAUAUAAUUAAGAUGAUACACUUCCUGAGAGUAUUAUUAUGAUGAUACACUUUCUGAGAAUAUUAUUAAGAUGAUACACUUUCUGGGAAUAUUAUUAAGAUGACACACUUUCUGAGAGUAUUAUUAAGAUGAUACACUUUCUGAAAGUAUUAAUAUGAGGAUACACUUUCUGAGAAUAUUAAGUUGAUACACUUCCUGGGAAUAUUAUUAAGAUGAUACACUUCCUGAGAAUAUUAUUAAGAUGAUACAUUUUCUGGGAAUAUUAUUAAGAUGACACACUUUCUGAGAGUAUUAUUAAGAUGAUCCACUUUCUGAGAAUAUUAUUAAGAAAGUGUAUCAUCUUAAAAACUUCCCACAAAAUGUAUCAUCUUAAUAAUACUCUCAGAAAGUGGAAGAUAAUAAUGGUACAUAAAAAUGUCCAUUCUCUUGUUAUAAUAUUUUUGUUUAUAUUCAAAUACGAAUUAUUAUUUCAUACAUAUCAUGAAUAUGAGAUGUUUGAAUUACUUUUUUUGAAAAUAAUACUUUAACACAAAAAUAUCCUGCCAAGGUUUCAUAUGGAUUGCCAGUGUAAACCCCAUUAAAUCCUGAGUUAACUGACCACCGAUACAUACUGAUUCUCAGGCACAAAGUAUCUGCUAAUCCUAAUCCGGCACAUCAUCUUGUACUACACAGGACUCAGUUAUCCCCGUGGUCAUAUUAUGUCCACUGUUCAUAUAAGAACAGUGGCAAGGGAAGUAGUCUUGUGGCUUCUUGCAUUCAGCUUGUUGUAGAUGUUUAUGGAUAAUUAUACUUGGGAGAUAUGACAUUGUUGAGGGAUACAUAUAGACAUUCUAUGUUCAUAUUGUUCAGUGUGUGAAAACACUCUGGAUACAUAUUUUAUCGUGUGCUGAAGGCUGAAGUUCACUUUGAAGCAAGCUCUCACUUGGUAUUUCAGUCAUCAUGAUGUUUCAUGCAGGUAGUGUUCAAAAGUCUGUUGUUCCAACUUGGGGACGACCCAUUACCCAGGAGUAGGUAAGGGAUUUAUCUUGAAUUCCAAACUCAGUGCCCGUGGCAGGCAAACUGGGAAAAUAUUGUGAUAUUGUUAAGUAUUGGAUGUUUUUAAUUUGGGAAUUAUUCAUUGAAAUUGGGAAUUUUUACUGACAUUCACAGGAGACGUGGGGCAGAGUUGGCCUCCGAUCAGGUCUUGAUAAAUCACUGCAUGUAUUCCUCUGACACCCCUAGACCUGAGAGACGACUACUCUACAUUUGAUGUACAGUUCAAACUUAUCAUGUCACCAUGGUAACUAAUGCAGCGUGCCUGUUGUCUUAAGCCUACAGCCUCCCGGUACCCUGAUGUGCUGAGUGAUGGUAUUGCUCAGUAACCAUGGUAACUAAUGCAGUGUGCCUGUUGUCUUAAGCCUACAGCCUCCCAGUACCCUGAUGUGCUUAGUGGUGGUAUUGCUCAGUAACCAUGGUAACUAAUGCAGUGUGCCUGUUGUCUUAAGCCUACAAAAUCCCAGUACCCUGAUGUGCUGAGUGAAGUUAUUGCUCGGUAACCAUGGUAACUAAUGCAGCGUGACUGUUGUCUUAAGCCUCCCAGUACCCUGAUGUGCUGAGUGAUAGUAUUGCUCGGUAACCAUGACAUUCAGCUUGUGCCAGAUUGUAAAGACAAAGCCAGAAAAGUCAUGACAUGAAAAGAUGACAUUCUUAGAUUAUGGUGUAGUAACUGCCAUAUCAUCAUUAACCCUUAGACUGCUGUACUAGCGACAGAUUCAUUUCAAACUGUUAUACUAUACUUGUAAUUCAGGCAUUGUUUUGAUAAUGAGACUUGCUGUUCAAUCAUGGAUUAACAAAACUUAAGUAACUUUAUUUUUGUUUGGACUGUGAUCUUCCUUGAAGUGACAAUUGUCGAGACCUGCACUGUCGUAUUCAGUUGUUCUGAUUUACUAUUGAAACACAAGCAGUCCAAGGGUUAAAGAGACAUUAUGUUUCUUUCUGCACCUUUCUUAUGAUGUUAUGAAACUUGGUGUGUAAAAUAUUCAUUGCAAAGUUACAGGCACAGUUCACAUGAGGCAGACAGUGAUGUUUCAACAAACUCGGCUAAAACACCUCUCUCCUCACCCUUUUCUAGUAACUUAUUGAAGUUCUCUCCCCUUGGAACAUGUGACACUGGAUUUCAAGUAUUGGGAGCUUAUUGGGUUGUAAAUGAAUACUGAUUGGUGGACCCACAGUUGUAUCAUGUACCAUGUCAGUGAUAAGAUAUCAUGUGAAUAAUAUGAUAUAAUGUGAAUAAUGAGAUACCAGGUGAAUUAUAAUAUAUCACGUGAAUUAUAAGACAUGUGAAUUACGGGAUACCAUGUGAAUUAUUGGAUACCAUGUGAAUUAAAAGAUACCAUGUGAAUUACGGGAUACCAUGUGAAUUAUAAGAUACCAUGUGAAUUAUUGGAUACCAUGUGAAUUAAAAGAUACCAUGUGAAUUAUGGGAUACCAUGUGAAUUUUUGGAUACCCUGUGAAUAAUUAGAGACAUGUGAGUAAUGCAUAAGUGGGAAUGUAUUGUGUGGAGAUCAAAAGAUAUUUUUUUGUUGUAUAGUAUUUGCCAUGUCACUUGUAAUUUGAAUGUGUGUGGGUCAGUGAGUGUUUGUGCGUGUGUACAUGUUGAAAUGUCUGCUUCCAAGGGUCUUCACACUGGACGUGUCAGUGAGCAAUCAAAGUUUGUCGACUGGUUUGUUCAAUGCAACUAGAAGCCAAUUAGUUACUAUUCCCAGCUAUUCACUAUAUUAGAUCGAAUGUGAUUUGGUGCUCAUCUGGGGUUGUACAGACUGAUUAGCCCUUAUUUCCACCGUAUUCCGUUUGUAGAAAAUAUUCAAUGUUUACAAUAUUUCUGAAAUAGAUUUUAUCGUAGACAUAGGUGAGGUGAGGUGAAAUGGGGUUUAACGUCGCAUCCAAGAUUAUUGCACUUAUAUAGUGACGUGCAUGCACGUGUAUGUAUGUGUGUGGCUGCUUGUACUAGGCCGGACUGAUGCCGAUUUAUAGUGCUAGCUCACUGAGAUACCAUGCUGCAGUUUAACAUGAAUACCCCACUCAGACACAGUAUACUGACUCCGAGCCGACCAGUUCUUGUUUUAGCCCCUUAAUGCUGAGCGCCAGACAGGGUAACAACUUUUAACGUCUUUUGGUAUGAUGCGGUCGGGGAUCGAACUCCGGACCUUCCGCUCUACCAUUAGACCACGGAGGCGGUCCGUAGACAUAGGACAGUGAUCACAUAAUUGAAUUCUGAUGAAUAUUCUGAGAACAUACAUGAUGUAUUUAGUAUAUUGUAUGUUAAAUUAGAUUCCAGUUAAGAUGCCCGUCUUCAGUUAUUCUUCAAUGUAUUUAAUUCUGUUUCUUGUAGUAGGAUAGAGCAUCUUAAUCCUAAAUCAUGCUUGUGACAUAACCAACUGCUGGAUGUAGGUUCAAUCAGUAAUAUUUUUCUGAAUAUUUAUGUUUAUUAAAACAUCUAUUAAUACUAACACUGUCUGUGGAGGCACUGAUGUACAGUACCAGAACCAGGUCCUGAUACUUGAUACAAAACACUAGGUAGCUCCCACUGUACCAUAGGCAGUGUAAGCUGUCACUGUUGGGACGAGGAUGUUCCUCUGAUGCAUGGUUAUGGGCACCUCACCUAUAAGAAGUCGCUAUGUGGCUGAAAUAAUGCUGAUGCGACAUUCAUUUUUAACUCACUAUAAUGAGUAGGGUGGCACUAGUGGCUUAUAAAGAGGGAUCUUUCACUUGGUUGCACAAAUUGUAAACUAAUUCAAAUUGGCAUGUUGGAUGAUAAAUAGUAUCUCACCCUUGUGUUUUAAACUUUUAUUGACAUAUGUUGAUAUAUUUGAUAUCACAAGACAAGAGGUGAGAUUCACACAAUGGCUCAUUUCUUUAGAAUAGUAUACAUGUAUAUCCUAUUCACUUAAUUUGUACAAGGUUGAGACUAAACAAGUCUGUCUUUCUCAUUUACAAGACUUCCAGGAGUAUAAGCAUAUCGUGUGUAUUGUUUCAUAUGUCUUCUUUUUUAACCAUUGGUAACAUCUGUAUCUGUAUGCAACUCUUUCUUUUCUUAGUUUUUAUACAUAUAUCCAGGUAAGAUCCAACUUAAGAUACACAUAAAGGCAAUGCUAGGAGUGGACAUAUUUUAUGAUGAUGAUGAUUAUGAUAAUUAUGAUGAAGACAUUACUGUAUAUUAUUCCUGUUAUUGGGUUUACACAAGUGGGAGGGAUGUGCUGGAAUCUUGUCACGCUGUAAAUAGUUGGAUAUCUACCAUGUGAUCUGUGACCCUGGGGGCAACACUUGUAAAUACCAUUGCACUAUUAUGUACAGAUGUCAUGUAUAAAUUACAUAUUUAUGUCUGCUUUGUAAAUAUGUACAUCAGUGUACAACCUGAGCCAAGAGUCUUUUCAUGUAUAGGAUAUUGUAUGAUGUACUGCAUGGUCCUGAAUAAAUGGGAGGAAACGAG